AUGUUGCAGACGGUUCCUUCUACAUCUUCUGACGACGACGAUGGCGAUAAUAAUGCUGAUGUGGAUUCCAGUAAAGAUAUUUCUAGCUCCGAUGACGAUUUUCAAACAACAUCAUGGGGUAGGAUAUGCCGAUCUCUUCAGCUGGCAAAUCGAAGCCGAGAGAACUUGAAACCACAGGAGAUUUUUCACUUUGCUAGUGGAGCUGUUCUCCAUGGCGACUUCGUGAGCGCCACACACUUAUUUUCACUUGGUUUAAAUUGUCUUUGUAAAGAAUAUCAACACAGCUCGGGCAGUUUGGAUUGCACGAGAAAGAUAAAGCAAGCUGCGAUUGAUAAAACAAUGUUAAAAUAUGCGUUAGAAGGUUGUGCACAAGAAAAUGAGAAACUGUCAUCCAAGGAGUUCAGAGGAAGGUUUGCAAAAGUUCUUGACGAAAUUGUGGAAUAUUGCGAUGUUCUCUCCCUGAUGGAUGCUGCUCUGUUGCAGGCUGCAGCAGCCUUGUAUUUUAGCCUUCAGGUCAAACAGAAAGCCUUUCAACUUGCGGCCAGAGCACUUCACCUGAAUCCCAAGUCCCUCAGUCUACAGGAGAUGUUUGAGAACAUAUGCUGCCAUCUAGUGGAGCGGUGGCAUUUUGUGAUGCUGAAUGACAAGGGAAGGAAUCAUGCUUACCAGCAAGCCAUCAAAGCAGUUCUCACCCAGAUGGACAGAAAAGCUGUUGUUUGUGAUGUUGGAUGUGGGACAGGUUUAUUAAGUCUUAUUGCUAGCCAGUACCUGGACAGUGGCCAGAUUUUUGCUAUUGAAAAGUCAAAUUCAAUGUGCGAAGUUGCUCACAGUGUCUUCAGUGCCAACCUGGAGCCUACGAAGUCAAACAUGGUCACCUUGAUAAACAAGAUGUCAUCUCAGAUGUCAGUGCCUCAGGAUAUGCCACACAGAGCGGACGUGUUGGUGACAGAGACUUUUGACGCAGGCCUGUUUGGUGAAGGGAUUCUGCCAACUUUGUGUCACGCCUGGUCACACUUGUUAAAGAAUGGUCCUGAUGAGAGAGGGCAGGUAAUUCCUGGAAAGGCACAGCUCUACCUGCAGGCUGUGGAAUGUGAUGCCAUUCUCAAAGAAAGCAGAUUUCUCGGAGAAUUUGCUGGGAUCAGCACUUCAGGAAUUCACCUGUAUGGGUUUACUGGUCUGUGUGACAUGGACCCGUACACAGCUCAUGGCAUCAAACAUCUUCCUCGUGGAUACAGGACCUUGUCGGAGCCACUUAAGUUCAUGGAUGUGAAUUUUAAUGACCCUGAGGAGCUGUCCAGGUUGAACAUGGGAACAAUUCAGGAGACAGACCUGGAAAUCUCAUCUGAGGGAAGACUGGAUGCCAUUGCAGUCUGGUUUUCUUUACACCUCAAUAGUUGUGUUGAAAUUCAAACUCAUGCUGACUGCGAAGGUUGUUGGGAGCAAGCCAUCUUUCCUGUACACCCUGUUAAAGUUCAGAUGCAGCCAUUGUCGCAAG